ACGGCUCCGGCAUGGACGCGCCCGGCCGGUCGCCCGCUGGCCCCCGAGCGGGCCCCGAGGGCGCGGCGGCGGGACCGGGCCCGAGCCCGAGCGCGGCCACCGAGGAGGAGAAGGAGGAGGCGGCGGCGUAUGUAGAGAUCCGCGGCUCGCCGCGGGGGCCGGGGAAGAACGGCAAGAUCCCUGCGCUGGCCACGGCCGGCGGCGCACCGGGGACCGGGACAGGGGAUGUUGGCGGCUCGGAGAGCGGCGGGUCGCAGGCCGGUGCCGCGGGGACAGCAUCCUCGGACCGCGGGCGCGACCACCCGCCUUCCCCGGGCGCGACGGCGGAGGGCUGUGGCGCUGACCCAGCCUCAGGAGGGGAGGCAGGGAGCUGCGGGCCGCCGGAGGCGGGAGUCUGCCCGGAAUCCUCCUCGUCCUCCUGCCCUUCUCCGGUGCCCAAGGCGGGCGACUUUCGCGCUAUGGGCGAACCGGUUUCGACAGAGGGCAAAACCUCCUCGUCCUCCUUCGGCUACGAAAGCGAGGAGGAGGACGCGGGGCGCAAGGCGGUCCGCCCCGGUGCCCCCCCUAGCAUCCCCCCUGGCUGCAGCGGCGGCAACCGCGACGAGGCGCACUAUAUCAGCACGCAGGAGAUCCAGCUGAGCGAGGUGGACCACGACAUGGACUUCGACGCAGGGCUGGCCGCCCGCUGGGACUUCGAGGACAAUAACGUGAUCUACUCCUUCGUGGACUACGCCUCUUUCGGGAGCGACGAGACCCCGGGGGACACGGCGACGGAGGAGGAGGAGAAUAGCUACCUCAGCACGAGCACCAGCGAGCCCAACAACCAGACGGACAGCAUCGACAACACCAGCAGCACCGAGAUCGUCAGCCUUACCUCCGAACACGACACCCCCGGCGGGGAUAAGCGCGCCAGCUCGGGGGAAAGCCGGUCCAAGCAGUCCGGCCGCUCCGGCGGGAGCCCGGCCACCCAGCUUCUCCUAUCAAUCAAAGCCGCUUCCCGGGCUAUAAAUGAGUCUAGCAACGUGCGCGGAAAGCAAAACACUGUUUACGCUGCCAAGCAUGAAGGCGACAUGAGCCUCCGUGUCCCCACGGCUCCUGAUCGCGAUGCGAGUUUAAAACCGGACGCUGCCCGGGACCCCGCGAAAAAAUUCAUUGCGGUACCGGCGCGGCUGCUGCCGCGGUGCGGGGCCGCCCGGGCCGGGGAGCACUCCAGCGGCGCCUCCAGCGCCGUCAGCGAGCUGGACGAUGCCGACAAAGAAGUGCGAAACCUGACGGCCAGGGCUUUCCGCAGCCUGGCUUAUCCCUACUUCGACACCCUGCGCCCCAGCUCCCGCGCCUCCUCUGCCUCUCUUGCCGACAAUGCCCUGGGCAUCAACCGCUGGUCCACCUACCUGGACCUUAAGUGUGGCAGCCUGGGGCAGAGAGCCGAGCCCAGCCUCCUGCGCUCCGGCCGUUCACAGACCAAAGCCCUCGAGUUCGUGGUCAGCAAGCUCGAUGGGGAGAUCGCCCACGUCGAGUCACCGAGGCGGCUGCGGGCAGGCUCCCGGGUGGUGACCCUGCUGGACCUCGGCCAUGGCUCCGAGGCCGGGCCGACCCCAGAGGCGGGCGGUGGGGAACCACCGGCGGCGGAGUGCAGCGUGGGGGGACCCAUCAAGAAGUCCAAGUUCGCUUCCAGCCUCCUCAAAAACGUCAUCUCUAAGAAGAUGCAGCUGGAGCACGAGUUCAAGAUGGAGCGGGGCGAGAUCACCGACACCUCCUACACCGGACCGGGCGCCGGACGGGAGCCGGAGCCCGCCGGUGGCGGGCGGGAGGGGCAACGGGAGGGCGGUGUGCAGCGGCAGAGCUCCCGGCACUCGGAGGGCGGCUCGGACUGCACCGCCGCGACGGCGGAGGAAACGGGCGAGGGCUGCGGUGGCCGGUCACCGGCCUCCAAGGCGUCGACUCCCCGGGAGGGGAACCGCAGCCUGGACCGGGCGCUGACGGAGGAGCUGUGCGAGGUGAAGCGCAGCGCCUCCGAGGCCAUCAAGGCCACCUUCCUUCGCAGCCAGAACAGCGCCUUCAGGUCCUGGAAGGAGCGGGAGGCGGAAAAGAAAGAGGAGAGGGCGCCCAUCGGCAAGCUGAAGCUCUCCUCCAGGCACGACUGGCGGGCCGAUCUGGGCGAGAUCUCCGCCGGCAAGUCCACCAAGAUGUCCCGCCUGUUCGUCCCCGCCAUGCAGCACACCCCACGGGAAAAGCAGCCCGGCAAGCAGGCGACCAAGUGCUCCCCUGCCCCCGCCUCCUCCCCCCCGUCCGCCAAGCCCAGAGCUCCCGAGAUCAAGAUCAGCCUGGGCAGCCUGCAGCAGCCCCGGGACGCCGGCUUCAGCAUCGCCCAGCUGCUAACGCCGCGGAUAGCGGGCCGGCCGCCAGAGGAGGGCCGGAGCCAGCAGCUCAGGCUGCCCAAGCCCGGCGACGGCUCAGACAAGGUGCCUCAGUUCACGGUGCGCGAUGUGCGGGACGGCAAGAAUAGACCCCAGGGCCCCCUCCACCAGGUGCGGGACGUGCGGAAGCUCAUCAAAAGCUCCUACAACUACGACUCGGGCGAUAGCAGCGACAAGGGCAGCGUAGCCUCAGACCAGGGCGGCCAGGAGCAGAAGCCCCAGCAGCAGCUGGUCAUCGCCGGAGUCCCCAGGGCCCUCUCCCCCGUGGUCAUCACCUGCCAGGCGGUCGGCCACGCCAGCACCAAGCCCACCGAGGCGGGGCCCAAGGCGGCGGGAAGGGCGCCGGCCUGCCCCCCGGAGGGCACCGUCCUCGUGCACCGCACCUCGGGGAGGCUGCCGGUGGCCACCAUCGCCCCCAACAAGAGCGACCCCCGCCAGCCGGCCGUGCUGAAGAUCGUCUCCAAAUCCGCCGCGCCUUGGCGGCACCAGCCACCCCAGCCGCCCGUCGAGAGGGGUCGGGGGCCGGAGGAGGACCCGCGGGAGGAGAGCAAGGCGGCGCCGGUACAAAACGCGCUGGAGAAGCUGACGGCGGCGGUGCGGAGCAUGGAGGAGCUCUACAGCUUCAACAAACGCGAGUGGAAGCGCAAGAGCGACCCUCUGCCCAUUACCGACAGCCACGUCCUCUCCCUCAUCGCCAGCCAGGAACGGGACGCCGCGUCCCGGCCCACCCCUCCAGCCGCCGCCGCCGCCGCCGCCGCUGCUCCUCCCCCACCGCCGCCGACGGAUAAGCCGGAGGAGCCGCCGGGUCAGGGGCCCGUCAGCGAGCGGCUGCCCCGCCGCCCCUUCAACACCAACGCCGACAAGGUCUCGGCCAAGGCGGCCGCCUUCGAGAGCCUGGCCCGGCAGCGGCAGCGCGGCCCGCCGGCCCCCCGCGCUGAACCCUCCGGUGUCCCCCGUGCCCUCCUCACCCUCCGCGGAGCCGGAGGAGCAGGAGCCCCCGCUCCGAGCAAGCCCCCCUCGGAGGGCGGCCUGCGGGGCCCGGCGGCACCGCGCUCCACCCGGCUUCCUGCGGGCGGCGGCGAUGCGGAGCGCGGGCCGGACUGCGGGAACUACCUGUCCCUGCCGCUGAAGGCGGCCGCCGAGCCCGGGUCCCCCCCUCCCGACGUGCCGGUCUCUGGGGCGAACGGCGGCAUCCGCCCCAGCCCGGUGUCAGCGGCAGCGACGGCAGCCGCGCUAUGCAGCCUGCAGCCCUUCGGCACCGCCAAGCGCCAGGGCAGCCCCGUAACCCUGCCCGGACCCCCGUCCGCCGAGGAGCGCUCCGCCGCCGCCCCGCCGCCUCCCGCAGAGGGUCCGGCCGCCGCCCUCUACCGCCCGCCGCUGCCCUUCGCCGCCCUACCCGGUGGCGCGCCGCCGCCGUUGCUCUGCUUCUCGCCGUCCAUGCCCACCGCGGCCACGGCGGCCGAACCCUUCCCGCAGACGCAGCGCAAGAUGCUGCUGGACGUGAGCACCGGGCAGUACUACCUGGUGGACACGCCGGUGCAGCAGCUCCUCAAGCGGCGCCUCUUCGACCCCGAGACAGGGCAGUAUGUGGAGGUGCCUGUGCCCCAGCAGCCGGCAGUUGCCCCCGUCCCUCUGCCCCUCUCGCCCCUGGCCCUCAACGCCGGGGCCUACGGCGCCACGUACAUGCUGUACCCCGGCCUCCUGCCUGCCGCCGCCGUGCUGCCUACCGGUGCCCUACAGCGCCCGCUCUCCCACUCGGGCAGCGAUGCCAGCGCCCCGGCCGAGUCCGGCAGCCCGGCAGCGGCAGAGGCCGCUUUCACCGAGAGCCCCUACUACGUGGCUACCGGCAAGGGCCCGCCGCCGCCACGGCGCGGGGCAGCCGAGGCGAAGCCGGUCAUCAGCAUCACAGCACCAGCCACCGGCCCACGGAUCAUCGCGCCGCCCUCCUUCGACGGCACCACCAUGCGCUUUGUGGUGGAGCACCGGUGAAGAGCGUGGGGGUAAGGAAGAAGAAUCACACUCCUUUAAUCCAAAAUACACUUGGUAACUCUAAACAUUCAUCCUAAAAACUGCUUCUACAGUUUUCUCUUUUUUUUUUUCCUGCUUCAUCAUACAAAACAAGUGUGUAAGUUUCUUGUUUUCUCCUAAAUACCCCCCAAUUUGGGAGCAUGCAUAUAUUUCAUUAUGUGAGCAACACUAAAUUACUGCAUUUUUUUCUGCAAAGCUGUUUUUAUAUGGAAGCCAAUAUGCAGGCUUCAGGCAUUGCCUCUGUGCUGGUGCCUAGCGGUAGUAGUACCACUGCAGCUGUUUGUAAAACACAGGGUGUAAAUGCAGCAGUGUUUCUGUGUGGAUAGAUGCUCAGCUUUGUUCAGGUCCCUGGAACGUGCUGUGAUCCUCCAGUGCAGCCCCACAACUCUUAAAAAUAAACCAAAAAAGCUCUCAGCUCUCUGCCAUUGCAGAAAAUGAGGGUCUUCCCUGUAGGUUUCAUAAUGAUUCAUGAGCAGAUGUCUAGUUUGUACUCCGAACUUCUGCACCUGGAAUUGCAAUUGGAGAGAUCUGUAGUGUUAAGGUUAUCCUUUAGUGUUCAUAUUUUGGCAUGGUUCAAACCAGAUUGUGUAAAUGUCAGAAAACACAUUUGAUUGCUUUCGUUUUCUGUUUGCUCCUCUGUACUGUGCUGAACAUCACAAGUUGCCUUAAUUAUGACAGUGUUUAAAUACUGGGAAGCCAGAAACAGAAUGUCAUAUUUUUAGAUCCUGGUUCUAAAGGAGAGGACAGCAUUUAUUUUUCUUUAAGACAGCAGUCUAUUCUUCCUUGAAUUGCAACAUUGCAGAAAACAUAACCUCAGUGACUCCCCUGUGGGAGUUGAUGUUACAGCCCCAAGUAGUUGUUUCUUUAGCAGAUUUAUCUGAGGACUACAUCCACACUAUCUGUAUUUGCUAAGAAAAUAUUUCUCUUUUGAACAAGAAAAUAGAAAAUAAGAUGACUAAAAUGCAGCGAUAUUUAUGUCCAUAUGUUGAACUGUGCUUAAACUGAUUCUUUUGUUGCCAGCAACGAGCAAAAGACAGCUGUUAUCAUGACAGUAAAACUGAAGUAUAGUAGAGUGUUCCCUUCCCAAAAUUUCAGUUCAGGGAAGCACUUUGGGAAGCCAAUAAAUGUGAGGUCAAACCUAAAUUAUUUAGCAUAAAGUUUUCUUGAGGUAGCCUAGUCAAAAUUUAGAAACUAAAUGCAAAGCCCGUAAGCCCGUACUUCAGCAUUUGCCCACAGAAAGGAUUUUCCUGUGCCUGUUCUCAAGGUUUCCUGCUGCUAAGGAAGUUUCCAGGUUUUCCAUUCUUAAAGAAAGCCCAUGUUUUCGUUUUCCUAAGUAACACACAGAACACUCAGCUACAACUGUCUGUAACCAUACGUGUGAGAUUGCAUUUCAAAUGCAGUUUAUUUGUUUACAGGCACAAAUUGAAAUUGCCCUCAGGAUGAAAUGCACUGCAGCUGUACAGAUAGUGAGUGAUUUAACAUGUAUCCUCUCAUUUAUCUUCAUCGUUGUGGAAAUCUAAUGGAAAAAUAUUGUUCUAACCCUUCUAAAGAGCUUGGCGUGCCCAGCUAGAGCACAUACUGUGUAAGCUUAACCCCCAUGCACUUUGCGUUACAGUCUACAGUUACAAGCUGUAACUUCCUGCUGGGAUUCGGGCUGAGUGUCUCUUAAAGAAAAUGAAUGCUGCUUCACCAUUUUCCUGACUGAUAAGUCCAUAGACAUUACUAGAGCAUCAGUAUUAAACAGAACAGUACUUUGGACUGCAGGACAGUGCAGGUACCAGAGUAGAUUGUCCCCUGUGACAUACAUGUGUAUGGUACGUACAUUAUAACACUAGCAUCUCUGUUUCAAAAUGUUUCUGUCCUAUCUUUUCCUAUAUUGGUGCUCAGAGUGAAGUUUCACAUUGCAGUUUACAAGAUAUAGGUUUGCACACACAAACUCAGGGUUUACAGUUCCACCCAGUGUACUUGAAAGGAAAAAAAUGCACAAAACCCACGUGCCCGGGAUUUCAGGGUGUAUUUGAAGGGGGUAAAUUUUGCAGGGAUUUUUUUAACUGCCUGUGGAGACGAAAGCAAUGAAAUGAGGCAAUGCCAACAGCUAUUUAUUUUCUCAGGGGAGAUUUCUUCAGUGGAAUGUGUCAGUCCCAAUGUCAAACAGCGUCUGCUUAAUACUGUCUGUUAGUAAAGAGACUCCAUGUUUGCAUCAAUGGGUCAGUUUUGCAAGGAGCUUCACUUCACAGGCUCAGUCCAGCAAAGCCUUCACAUGCUGUUCCAACUUCAAAUAUCUAAGCAGAUUCCUGGGAACUUUAGUGGAAGUGCAGUCUUUCUUUUCACCAUUCAAUGCAAUGCUUUGCUGAACUUGGCCCAGAGCACUGAGUGCCUUGCAGACCUGAGUCCCAGGUUCUUCACUUUACAUGUAUAAAACCAGAGCUCUGGGCUCGAGUCUAGCUGGGCCCAGCAGAUAAUGCCACAAAAGGUUGCCGGAAAAUAUCCAGUAAUAUGGUGCUCCUCCAUGUAUACAUGGUGAAUUGCUUUAGCCGAUGGGGUGAUGUGUAACCACAUAUCUUGAAUUAGAGUCAAGCCCUCUGUGUCAGGGUUCACAAGCUGCUAGUAUUAUAUGUUUCAAGGUGCAGUCAUAGCAUGUUACAGCUGAAAUUCACCCCAUAUGCAAAGCAGAGAAAAAUCCUGUGCACCACUCGAGUUCCGUCCUAGCCCUCCUAUCAUGGUCUGGGGGCUGUGGCCACCGGCCAGCCACUUCUGUGUGUUCUCUGUCAGGGUGCCAACUAAGAGUUUGCGCGGAACUGGAGUGAUGCAUGAAUAUUGUUCUGGUCUUUUGCAGCAGGGUUGGUUUCACUCAGUUAAAUUUAAUCCUUGGUGAAUCACUUGGUGAAUGAUCUAAAAUGUAUUUAUGGGUUGUGUGGGUUUGUUUUCGCCCCCUUUGUCUGCAUUCAAAGCUACCUUUACUCUCUAGCGUUGAUGGCCAAAGUGUCAUUCCUUGUGCUUAGAAACUACCAUUGCCUCGUGGCUACCUGAAAACACAUACUUUUAAAAUGCUUGUGUUUUUCCCCCUUUUUCUGUUUCUUUUUCUUCUUUUUUUUUUUUUUGUCCUCUUUUCUUCCUCCUCCCUUUUUUAAGGGGGUGGGUUAUCAGUGUAAAGAUAUUUAAAAGUGCAAGUGUGAAGUAAGUAAUGAUUGUUAAGAGGAUGUGGAUGGUAUGUCUGAUGAGAGAGCGGUGAGCUAUAAGGCAAAAGGAAAAAUGCUGUGUACACAUUGUGCUGAUGAUUGUUGCCUGGGGAGGGGGGGGGGAUAAACAAAAGAAGAGACAAAUGGACUCUUUGAGCUGCUCUCAAUGUAGAUGCCCCUGUGGCAAGUGUGUAAGUGAAGCCCGAAGUGAUCCCGCUGCAGGAUGCCUUGAGCCUGGGAUGGAAGGACAGCAGAGUCGCUCUGAGAAUUGCACUAGCAGCGCGUUGCACCUCGGGAACGCUUCAGGACGUCAUGACCAGGCGGGAAGGACUGUCUGAAACCGCUGAGUACCAAAGUUUGUAACUGAAUGAGAUAGCAUUUGUAUUAUGUUGGGGGGUUUUUUGAAUGUUAUGAUAAAAUAAAAUGUAUUUUUCAGUAAAAGACACAGUGCAAGUAAGCCUGCA